CUACACAGCGCUCUACACAGUGCUCUACACAGUGCUCGAAUCACAACCACCACAACCCCGCCAUUCAAGCCCCUCAUAUAAGUUGCGAUUCUUCCUGACCAACAUCCACCACCUCUUCGUCCUUCUAUCCUAUCCUGAAACCCCGCGGGAAUUGCCAAAAUGACCAACCGAAUCAGGACCCUCUCUCCCUCCACCAACAAAGUCAUUUUCGAACAUCCCGGUACCUCUCUCGACCAGGUGCGCGGGAUCGUCCAGGCCUCGCAAGAUGCUUUCCGUACCUUCAAAGAGCUUUGCCUGGAGGAACGUAAGCUUAUUGUCGUCAAGGCCUUGGAUAUAAUCGAUGCCAAUAAGGAAACUCUGGCUCAGGAGCUCAGCCUGCAAAUGGGUCGUCCGAUUUCCUACACUGCCGGCGAAAUCACCACCAUGCGCAAGCGUGCCGACUACUUGCUCGGCAUUGCAGACGAUAGCCUCAAGACUAUCCCAGGCCAGCCAGAGGGUGGAUUCAAGAGAUUUGUCAAAAAGGAGCCCGUUGGUCCGGUGUUGCUUGCCACAGCGUGGAAUUACCCCUACUUGAUCACGAUUAAUGCUCUCGUCCCUGCCCUGCUCGCCGGAAACUCUGUCAUCCUCCGUCCCUCCCCGCAAACCCCCCUUUUUGGGGAGCGUCUCGUCUCAUACUUCAACCAAGCCGGCCUCCCGACCAACGUCCUCCAGCUGAUCCACACCGGCUCGCUAGAUGUUCUCGAUGAGAUCGCCAAGCUUCCCCAGAUCAAGCUGGUCUCGUUUGUGGGCUCAACCGCUGGAGGGAUCCGUCUCCGCCAGGCAACGGCGAGCAGGAUAGUUCCCCUGAACCUGGAGCUGGGUGGUAAAGAUCCCGCAUACGUCCGUGCCGAUGCGGAUCUGGCAUACGUCGCCGCGCAGGUCGUGGACGGAGCCGUCUUCAACUCUGGCCAGAGCUGUUGCUCCAUCGAGCGUGUUUAUGUGCAUGCUGAUGUCCACGAUGCGUUUGUGGCCGAGGUGCAGAAGGAGCUACAGACUUACAAACUCGGAAACCCCAUGGACAGAACCACCACCACCGGCCCCGUGAUCUCGCAACAAGCCGUCAAAAAUAUCCAGGCCCAGAUUGCCGACGCCCUUGCCAAGGGUGCUGUCGACGCAACCCCCCACAACGCGACGUUCGACGCCCCCCCGCCGGACGGAAACUACCUGGCCCCGAAAGUCCUGACGAAUGUCUCGCACGAGAUGCUGGUGAUGCGCGAGGAGACUUUCGGCCCUGUCCUUCCCAUUAUGAAGGUCUCCGGGGACGACGAAGCGGUCGCACGGAUGAACAGCAGCGACUACGGACUAACGGCCAGCGUAUGGACCAAGGAUAUCCAGGCGGGCGAGGCAUUGAUCGAGCGCAUCGAGGCGGGGACAGUUUUUAUUAACCGCUGUGAUUAUCCCAGUCCGGACCUUGCGUGGAUCGGGUGGAAGAACUCCGGCAUGGGCUGUUCAUUGGGACCACAGGGAUUCGAUGCAUUUUACAAGUUGAAGAGCUUCCAUAUCCGAGAGAAGCAGGGUUAGCACAUGAAUAUAUAUCCCUCUUUCCUUGUGUAUAGAUUCCUAGCUUUCCUGCCUAAUAAUAAUCCUCAAGGUCCGUCGAACAGAAUGGAAUAUAUUACUGUAUGUAGAGAAGCGCGCUCCGGAACCGCGGAGGGAAUCUUACAUAUCAAUGGAACUCCACCAAAUCAUGUCAACACAAGGAUCCACUGGAACUGGAAAUGAUUGUAUUAGUUAACUAUCUUUAAUA